AUGUUAAAAGUAAAAGCCUGCUACGCUGAGUGGAAACUUGGACAGNCAAGAUACAGGACAGAGGCCUGUAAGGAUGGAAAGAACUGCAAGAGAAAGGUUUGUUUCUUUGCACACACACCUCGCCAGCUGAGAAUUUUACCGGUAACUUCUCCUUCUUCGAAUGACAUUUCAUGCAAGAAGAACAUUAACAAUCUCUUCAACCAUGCUUCAAGAUCCAACAACAACGGCUGUUGUGUUUUUUGCCAUUGUGUUUCUUCUUCCUCUUCUUCUUCCACCGCUUCUCCAACUUCAACCCUCUUCAACAUGUCUCAUUACUCACCACCGCUAUCUCCAUCCUCCUCCUCCUCCUCACCACCUCCUUCUCCCUUGAAACCCCGAAAAGGGGUUUCUGUUUCUCCAAUUUCCCUAUAUGGUGCUGCGAAUGUAAACCCUCGUCAUGGGGUGGUGAGUUACAAAGAAGCCUUCGCUGAAUUUGUGAACUCCUUGGAGGGGUUGAGUUUGAACGAGGGUUCUCCUGUUUCUGGUGCCAAAACAUUGAACUUGCCUUGGAUUGAUGUUUCUCUGAACUGUGAGGAACAACAGCGACAACCGCUCAUUGCUUCUUCUUUUGGCUGCGAAGAUCAGCAGAAGUUUAUUUUUUCACCAUCCUCCACUCAGACACCCACAAAUGUUGCGUUUUGCAGCAACAGAUUCACAGGCAACAACAACAACAACGUUGUCGGUGCUGACUCAAAUGUCCCAGAUCUUGCGUGGGUAAACGAGUUGCUGAUGUAGAAGGUGAAGAUGGUGACGAAAUUGGUAGUGAGAUGACUCCUGAUACAGUGAAUGAAACUGUAAAUACCGCGGAGAAACAUAAUGUGUCUCUGGAGUCUAUUGUUAUUAUUAAUUAUUGUUGCAGUUCAUUGCUUUCUGAAUUUGUUAAGUUUGUCACAAAUUAUGUAAUUUGGAUUUCAUCUUGUUCAAUGCAUAAGGGAAUAUUUUGGGUAA